GAAUACUGCAUAUAAGCUGAUCAGAUGCGUUUAUAAUUGCAUGCGUGAUCUGCAGGAAAUUGUGGUCCACUUAAACCUCAUUAACAACUGAUUUCGACCAAGGUGUUACACAACGUUUGUAAACUAAAGUACAUAGAAGUACUGCAUAUUGCCUAUGAUAAUAUGAACAGUUAAAUGCCCCAAAACGUAUUAUCAAAAACGUUUCAUUGGCAUCAACAAACAGCAUCAUAUCGUGUAUUAAUUGAGUGACUUACAACCUGUAUGGAAAGUGUGUAUUUGGUACAGAAUAUGAAAAAUGUCUCCUGAGGUAACUGUAGUUGUACUAUUUUCAAAAGGCACCUACAGACAGCACGUGUGUGCGAGUCCUGUAAUUUGCAUCUCUUAUAAAACAUUGGAGACCGCUAGGGCAUGCGCACAGUGGUUCUGUUGAGUUUAGGCUUCAAUCAUACACAAAACGCGGAGAACAUCAGUCUUUCUUUGUUCCUUUGAUUCAGACUGGAAUAUAUUUUAAAUGUAUUACGUGUAGGUUCUAAGCCCUUUGUUUAUCGUUUGAAAAGGGAGAACGUACAAUGAAGAAACGUUAUGUGGAUACGAGCAGGAUGAGGAAAAUGAAGAGGACUAAAAUAUCAGAGAGGCUUUCUGAAAGUGCUUUUGCAUUUCUGAAGUUCAUGGCGGUUUGGAUUUUUGUUCUUUUGGUCGACUUCAUUCUAGAGUUUCGCUUUGAGUAUCUGUGGCCUUGCUGGCUUUUCUUUGGGAGUGUUUACACCUUUUUUCACUGUCAUGGCCUGGUGGUGUGUGUGGUUUUCGUAUGUGCAGCAUUCACCUUGGAUAUAUUUUGUUUAAUCUUUGUACCUCUUCACUGGCUUUUCUUUGCUGCCAGCACAUAUAUUUGGUUUGAUUACAUAUGGCAUACAGAGAGAGGAUUGUGUUUGUCUACAGUGUCACUAUGGAUACUGCUUGUUUAUAUCGAAGCAUCUCUCAGGUUUAAGGAUCUGAAAAAUUCCCAUGUGACUGUGUCUCAUCUAUUUGCAGCACACUGCAUUGGGUACCCAGUAGUCUACUUAGGUUUUGAUGCAACGUGUUACUUCACCAGCAUUGUUAAACUGAGGAUACAGAAAGCUGUGCAAAAAGAAAACAACUUCUACAUGCAGUUACUGCACCAAGCUCUACCUCCAGGCCUGCAACUUUACCCAAGAUAUGAAAUAGACAGUAAGGAAUCGUCUAAGUGGGUGGCAAAAUCAGAUUGCACACAAUACCAGUGCCAGAACGAGGCUGCUCUUACAGAUGUCAAGUACCUGUUAGACUAUACACAAAUUGAUUGCAAAGACACAAAUAAUGACAUGGAGGAUACAAAACUAAAUGACCAGAGUUUCCAGCCUUCAACUUUUAAAGCAAAUGAGAGUGACAGCAAGGAGAACUGCCUGAACAGAAGUGAAACUUGUGAGACAUCUGGAAGCUCUGAAUGUCUACCUCAAGAGGAACAAGGGGUUAAAGUUCAAAGGACUGCUAAAAACACAUCUCCCAAAGUGCGUAAGACGUCUAACCGUAUCCUAGUGCCUAUUGUUAAAGCGGAGAAAAAACAGAAAAGCGUUACCAAAAAUAUCAGCCCUAAUCGGGAGAUGAGUGAACAAAGCCUUUCAGCAAAUCAAAACACUCACUCCGAACAAAUACGGAAGGUGGAGCAGGAAGUUAAGAAGUUAAAGGCAGACCUCCUGACCAGUAAACAGGGUGAACAAGAGCUUCGCAGUCACUUCUGUAACCUCACAAACAGCGAGCGAAGUCUUCGACCAGAAAUAUCACUGCUUCGACAAGCAAAUGACCUGCUACAGAACAAAAUUGUUUGUGUCAUUAAGACCAAGCAGAGAGACAAACAGGCAACAGUACUGUUAGAAAAGAAGAUCAGAGCAGAAAUGGAGGCUCGAGCGAUUAUUGAGAAACAGCUAUCUGAUAUAAGAACAAGAAAAAUAGAUGAAACUUCUGCAAUAACCCAGGGUGCUCUACUUUUCACAACUCGGCAAGAACACACAGAAUCCCUAAAGAAAAAAGCUAAGGAACUGGAGACAGACUGGAAACAACUUCAGAAGGAAUUUCAAGCAAAAGAAAGUCAAAUAGUAAACCUUGAAAAUGAAGUGGAGGUACUUUGCAGAUAUAAAGGCAUUGAACAAGAUAGUGAGAUGUUGCUGUCAGCACUUUCAGCCAUGCAGGAUAAGACCCAUCAUCUAGAAUACAACCUUAGUGCUGAAACAAGGAUAAAGCUGGACCUGUUCUCUGCUCUUGGAGAUGCACGGCGGCAGCUAGAGCUAGCCCAAGGAAAACUAAUGAAACAGGACAAAGAGAUUGGAGGAAUGAAACAGAAGAUUGCUGAAGUAAUGGCUGUCAUGCCAGGCAUCACAUAUGGUGUUCAGCAUCCAGUUACACCUCAAUAUUUAACUAAGUUUGUCAAUUCUGAACAUUACGUGCUUGAUCCCAGUGCAUUAAUGUACCAGUGUCUUAAAAAAUAAACAUACCAGCUUGUCCAUACUGUGCUGAAACCAGGCUUCGAAUGUGUUGUCAGGCCACUGUAUGCAGCCCAGGGUCUAUGUGAUCUAAAACAAAUGUUUUUAUAGAAUUCAGUCUGGGAGAGAAAAGAGAGAACCCUGCCUUGUGAUGAAAAGGGUAUGAUUGCCGUAGUCAAAAGUUGUAACGAAUUGACAUUUGCUGGGGAUGCUUGUAGCGUUGUAGUUGAGGCACUCAAAAGCACAUCCGUGCAUAUAAAGGAGCUGCAACUAAUGUAAAUGUAGGUUCUGGUCCAUCCGUGGUCCAUAAGCAACUGAUUAUUCUUGAUGAAUGUCCAUGUACUGUAGCUCACAGAGAUCCAUGUUUGUAAUGUUAUUUUUAUCCCUUUCAGGGGAUGUGUAUGUUACUUUCAGACAUUGUUGUAAAAUGGUUAUUUUAUUUUGUAGUUUCUUUCCAUUUUCAUUUGUGAUGCUAUUGGUGAUUACUUAUAAGGUUUACAAUAGCAUCAAGUAAAAUGAAUUCCCAGCAGGGAACUUGUGGCACUGAAUUCUUCAUAUUCUGUUAAUAUUUGUCAAAACCAAGAAGUGGUUUGAAUUUGGGACCCUUAGUUCACUGAAUGAUUGUUGAUCACACUCAGAAACACAGGACUCCCUGUAAAUUAUUUGCCUGCUAUCUAGGCAGUAGAAGAAGAGCCUGCACCCGUCAGUAAACUGGACUCUUUGCUGACAAGGCGUCCAUGGCUUGUGUUUUUGGGCUUAGAGCAUACAUCUUGAGUUCCAGGUGGAGUAUAUGUAUACGCGUCAAUUGCUGAUGCACAGUAUUGACAACCAGAUGUUUUUUAAGCGGUUUGAUCUUAACCGAUUGUGGAUCCUUAGCUGGACUGUCAUUGUAGGAUGGUCUGCUAAAGAUAUGCCAUUUACAGUUCUGAGCUGUGCUUCUCAUUGUAUGUGCUAUACAGCUGUGGACUGACUGCAGUUGGAAGAGAACUAAUGUCAUCUCUUCACAUUCAAUUAUGAGAGCAGUACCUUUGCUGGUCUGUAAAAUUUUAUUGGUACAAUGCAACCCAUGCAAAGGUUGCUUGGGUUAAAUUUAAUAAUUUAUAUUUUACUGUUAUUGAAAAAAAUUAUUCUGAGCAAGAAGUAAAGCUGAUUUGUUUUGAUCGACUGCCAUUUUUGGAAAGAGUUGUUGGUCUGCUUGCAGGGAAUUUGGGUUCGAAGGCAGUUUGCGUAGUUACUGCUACAACAUAUUUCCCUACAGCAAAGUUAGUUGAUCAUCUUAGUCGGGCCCUUAGAUCAAAACUGAUUUUUUUUAUGUCUGAUUUUUUCUAUUAUCUGAAAUGCACUCUUACCCUUCAUUUAUAU